GGCAAGAAUAAAACUCAUCUUUAACCUUUAAUAAAGUCAUUUAAGCUCUCAGUAUUCUGUAAGCACGAAAUUUCAUACGCGGCUUCCUCUCUCAGCUGUUAUCUGAAUCUCCGUUGCUACACUCGAGAGGAAAUCAUGGAAGCUCAUAUGAACCAAGGUGGAAUUCAGCAUUUGGUGUCUGCAGAGCGAGAAGCUCAACAAGUUGUCAAUGAUGCUAGAAAUGCAAAAAUGGCUAGACUAAAACAAGCCAAAGAAGAAGCUGAUAGAGCGAUUGGUGAAUAUCGAGUCCAACUGGAGCAUGAAUUUCAGAGGAAAGUUGAAGGGACUAGUGGAGAUUCAAGUUCUAAUGUGCAGCGGCUUGAAAAAGAGACGGGGGCAAGAAUCAGUCACUUGAAGAAUGAGUCUGGUAGAGUAUCCCAUGACAUUGUCAACAUGCUACUGAAGCAUGUCACAACUGUUACAAACUAAUUCUGUUGGUUCCUUGGUGUUAAGGUGGACUUGCAAGUGAUUAAAUAAUCUGUUUGUUUUAGCUUUUUUCUUCCAAUACCUUACACCUCUUCUAUACUUCUACAAGUUCAGUGUCUUUAGAAGCAAUAAUGAUAAUAGAAAUUUUGGCCGUUUCUUGUAGGCCAUAUGCUAAGC